CCCCCUUCCCAUUUCACCUCCGUUGUCAUGUUCUUGCGUGGAUGGCGGCGGCGGCUGCUGCUGUUCGAUUUCUUGCCAUCUUUUGACUUUUGAUGCAUGCGCUCAACCAACGCAUUGCGCAAUCUCGCGCUCCGCCCCGUGAAUCUGGCCUGUACGGCCGCGCAGAUUCGGCCGCAUUGCUCUGAACAAAGCCGGCCAAAUCAAAGUUUGCGCAGCCUGUCCCAAUUCGGUCUUGCUACUUGUCGCACAUGGGGUGUGGUGGGGGUGGGGAUAGACGCAUAGAAUUUCCAAGAUAGGCCUGUGCUUAUCUCCUUGGCUUCCUUAUCAGUAUAUAAGCUUGUGUGGAUGGCUGCCUGUUAAUAACAAUUGCUGGUACAGACGUACACUUGCUUCUAAGGAGUAUAUUAAGGUGGGAGGACCGGAGGAGAGAUGCUACCUGAAGAUGCAGUCAUCCUUUGAUUUUUUUUUUCCUCAUAAAGCAAGACUUUAUCAGUUGUUGACCAAAUAGCAGCUGAAGAAUAAGGAGCACAUUGCUGUGUUUGCCGUGUUUGUCCAGGAAAGUGUACAGGCAAAAGCACUUCUGUUGCUGCUUCUUCUUCAGCUGAGUUCUUCCAAAUGGAUAAGCUCGACGGUUCUGCCCGCCUUGUGAUCGUCUCCGAUCUUGACCAGACGAUGAUCGAUCAUGAUGAUCGAGAGAACCUGUCCUUGCUUAGGUUUGAGGCGCUCUGGGAGGCUGAGUUCUCCCAAGAUUCUCUACUGGUCUUCUCAACUGGAAGAACACCGAUCAGUUACAAGGGCUUGCGGAAAGAGAAGCCUCUGAUCACACCAGACAUCACUAUUAUGUCUGUUGGAACUGUGAUUGCAUAUGGUGAAGAGAUGAUCCGUGAUGUUGGCUGGGAGGAAUAUUUGGACAACAAUUGGGACAGGAAUAUCGUUGUCGAGGAGACUGCUAAAUUCUCUCAGCUAAAGCCUCAGCCAGAGAGGAAUCAAGGUCCCCAUAAGGUUAGCUUCUUCGUUGAUAAGCAGGGCGCUCAGGAAGUAAUAGAUUCUCUCCCUCAGAAGUUGGAGAAACGAGGGCUAGAUGUGAAAAUAGUCUACAGCAGUGGUGAGGCCCUCGAUGUUUUACCACAAGGUGCAGGAAAAGGACAGGCUCUUGUUUAUUUGUUGAAUACACUCAAUUCAAAUGGGAAACCACCAAACAAUACUCUUGUUUGUGGUGACUCUGGAAAUGAUGCAGAAUUAUUCAGUGUCCCUUCUGUACAUGGCAUCAUGGUCAGUAAUGCUCAAGAGGAGCUGCUUCAGUGGUAUGAAGAAAAUGCAAAAAGUAAUCCUAAAAUAAUUCAUGCGACUGAGAGAUGUGCUGCUGGUAUCAUGCAAGCUAUCGGUCAUUUUAAACUAGGACCCAAUGUUUCUGCAAGAGAUCUCGAAUUCCCUUAUCCGAAGGCGGACGCCAUCAAGCCUGCAGAAGUGGUGGUGAAGUUCUAUGUUCUCUAUGAGAAGUGGCGGAGGGGUGAGCUUCCAAAUCCUUCAUCAGUUUUGCAGUACUUGAAAAGCAUUACUCAUUCGAAUGGAAUAAUUAUUCAUCCUUCUGGAUCGGAGCGUUCUCUUCAUGCGUCCAUUGAUGCUCUAAGUUCUUGCUAUGGCGACAAACAAGGCAACAAGUUCCGGGUAUGGGUGGAUAGACUAGUUACAUCACCGAUUGGUACAAGUAACUGGUUGGUGAGGUUUGAUAACUGGGAAAAAGAAGGUCUGCCGUCAGCCUCUUCACAUGAUACACUAAUUGUGGCCCUUAAUACAAGCCAGUGGUGGUGCUCGGAAUUGCUGCCGCACUACUCUUCUGCUGAACAUGAAGCCUGAGACUCCAGAGGGCUUGGAGCUGACACACAUUCACAAGACCUGGGUUGAAGGACACUCUGCAGGGAGCGAGAACGCAUUCAUCUUGUAGGUCAAUUAGUCACUUGCAAAGUGCAAACAGGCAUAACAUAUCUUUUUCUUCAACAGUCCAAAUAGAAUCAGAAUGUACUUCCAGAUAGGCUCAAUCCAUGGUAAUUCCAUGUAAUGUACAAUAAAAGAUGUUCCAUGAUUCUGUCUCGUGAAGUUCAUGAGGUCCAAAAAUUAAAUGAAGCUUUUGCCUGUUGGUUUCCAUGAUUCA